AUUGCAGCCGCAGAGACACAAAAAAAAACAUAAACAAUACACCGUAAAUUUUAAUUUUUUUAAUAAAAAAUCAUUUAAAUCCCACAAAAAACUUCUAUAAAAUGAGUCAAUUACAAGAUACACUAACACAAGAUCACAUUAAACUGGUGGAAAGUAUCAAUAAUCGUGUCGAUAGUAUUUACAAACAUUUAUGUGAGUAUGAGGAAUCUAUUGAUCCACGCACUCUAGAGGAUUAUGGUGAUUCACAAACAAAAAUUAUGGAUUUAUUAGAGACAUUAGAAACCAUACAAGAGGCGGCUCAACGUAUACGUCCAUUUAAUUUGGAAUUACGUUCACGUCAGCAGGCAUUGGAAGAACAAAUGAAAUGUUUAGAACAAUCAGUGGUUUUAAUGAAACUAGAAACUGGCAGUACUGAUAGUCAAAUGCAGGAAUAAUUGGAGGUAAAAGGCGGCAAUUAAUAUUUUAAAAUUAAGCUUUUUUUGUAGUAUUAAAGAAAAAAAUUACAAAUUUUUUUUAUAUAAUUUUAUACAUUUUUUUUGAUAAUGGAAUAAAGUAUUUAGUAUAAUGAUGAAA